AUGACCUCGGUGCCUGUGCGGAUCGUCAUCUUCGUGCUGGUUCUCGGCCCGACAUUCUUCACCUUUGCAUGGUUCUGGCUAUACCACAACAAUGUCAAGUUCCAUCCUACCGUGCGAGUGGUCGACCAGGCCGACUUGGGCUAUCUGCUUCUCUCGCUGCUCCCCGUCGCUGCCAUAACCGUCAUCAACUCGCUCUCGGACAUCUCCAUCCAAGCCGCCCUGCAUCGAUGCCAGGCCCUUGACCUCAACCACUCCCUGCAAAACAUCUGGCGGCCCCGCUUUGAGGUCCUGAAGCACCUCAAGAAGCGCUACACCAUCCUUGGCAACCCGUGGUCCGUCGGCGACAUCCUGAUUGCCCUCUUUAUCUUUCUGCUGAACCUGUACCUGUGGUCGCUGCCGGUCGUCACGGGACUGCUUGGGCCAAAGACCUCCGAUCCGAUGUGGCUCCAGGUCCUCGGGAUGUUUGCGCACUCAGCCCUCCCUGGCAUGUGGGAUGCUGGCCUCGCCAUCGCCUUUGCCAUCCGCGAAAACUAUAUCGUCAAGAGCGUUGCCGGCGCCGAGGCUGGGCAGUUCCACACCGGCAUUCGGUUCCACAUUGCCCUGGGCUACAUCAGCUUCUUCCUGAUCUCCUUCCACUGCCUCUUCUUUAUCGUCUUUUACUCGGUGAACGGCGUCUUUGCGGCCAGCAUGUUCCCGUGGCUGUCGACCCUGGGCUACUCCAACGGCACCGGGUUCAUUUCGUGGGUGGCCAUGAUCAUCAUGGUCGCGACAUCAAUCUAUAAGGCCCGUCGCCGCAACUAUCGUCUCUUUGCCUGGACACACAAGCUCUAUGUCAUCUUCAUUCUCUUUGCCGCCUCCCAUAUGGGCAUCCGCUGUAUCUACCCUGUGCUCUCGGCCAUCGUCCUGUUCAUCUUUGACCGCCUGAGCGCCCAUCUGCGCACCAAGCGCCAGGCACACGCCCUGAUCAGCCAAACCACCUCCGAGUCCAUCGUCAAGGUCGACAUCCCCAUUCUCCCUGGCUGGAAGUCGACCUCGCGAUACGCCCCUGGCGACUGGAUCUCCAUCCAAGUGCCCUCGAUAUCCUCCGACUGGCACCCCUUCAGUAUCGCCUCUUACAACCUCGACACCCCCGACCGCAUGACUCUGUUUGUGCGUGUCCAUGGCCGCUGGACCCAGGCCCUCAACGACAUUGUCGCCGUCGAAGACGAUGUCCUUGUGCCCGUCAAUGUCGAUGGACCUUUCGGAUCCCGCCGCACCUCGUAUCUGGCCUUUGACAACCUGAUGCUCGUUGGCGCCGGCACUGGUAUCGGUGCCCUGAUCCCGUUCAUGCGCCACUUUGUCGUCGCCGCCUCGCCGCAGGCCAAGAUCCACCUCGUCUGGAUGGCCAAGAAGGAGACCGACAUCCUGGUCUACUGGCGGCUGCUGUCCGACCUCUCCAACCCAAACUCGUCCCUCUUUGGCCGCGUCAAGGUCCAUCUGCACUUUACCAAGCAGCCACCAAAGGCCAAGACCCCGGUGCUGCAGAAAAAGUCCGAAGGCAUCCUCUCGCCGGCACCCAGGAUGGCCGCAACCUCGUCGGCCGCAACCACCCGCAAGUCUUCGCACCACUCGCUCAAGCCCCGAUUCAGAUCGCCGCGGUCGGCCCAGGUGAUUCUGGCCGUGGCCGUCUUUGGCAUGGCCGCAGUCGGCUUUGUCUUUGGACGGCUGAUCCAGCCCGGCUUCGACAUGAACACCUGCACGGGCACCGAUGCGUAUCUGACCCAGGGCCUCACGCACUUUGUGUGCUUUUACUGGUUCAACUGGGCCGCCGAGGUGCUGGCGUGCGUCUUUGCCCUCGCUGGCGGGCGGCUGGUCAUCCUGUACAUCCUCAGCCUCGUGGACGACAACCUCGACGCCGGCAUCCCCAUCUCGGCCCUCAACCACAUUCCCGAGUCCAUCAACUGGUUCUCUGGCCGACCUGACUUUGCCAAGAUCCUCGGGGACAUUUCGACCUCGUCCGCGGCUCGUGUCUUGAGCAAGAAGCGUGCCGCUCCGAUUGCCGUCAUGGGGGCUGGACCGGAAGCCAUGAUGCGACAGCUGCAGCACCUCGUCGUCACCACCGAGGAUGCCCACUGGUUCCGCGAGUCCUGGAAGGUGUAA